AUGCUGUCCACAGAGUCGGUAAGCCACGUUCGCCUGAGGACUCACCAUCCCCGACCCAUCAUUGCGCGUUUUCUCUGCAGGGAAGAUAGGGACCGUGUUUUUAAAGCGAAAGGAAGAUUGAGACACUCGACGGAUUAUCCAGACGCGUAUAUAACUAAAGACUAUGCAAAGGCGAUACAGCUUGAAAGAAAGGAACUAAUUAAAGCGAUGUUCAUAGCGCGGAAGAAAGGCAUGAGCGCGAAAGUAGUGGACAGAAAUCUAGUAAUAAAUGAUAACGUUUAUCAUGUUGGUAACAUACCCGACGAACUUAAACCUGCAGCUGAAUCUACACGCUCGUAGAAGUUUUCUUUACUCAGGUCAGUGUAAUUCGAUUUUUCUCAGUUGCCUUUGCAUUAAUUGCUAUGGCAACCUUUAAGACCGAGACUAGUACUCCACGUUUGCUUCGCCGUUUGCACACAACGGAUUCUUUCCUUUUUGUAUAUUGUUCUAAAGUUAAACUAUUUGGCGUUCCGUCCUUUCCGGAUUCGUCGAUCUUUCUGUUUGAAGGUAUGUUCUCCCUAAGCCGCUUAAAUUUUACCUUUUUUUUGUUUUUGUUUAUAGUUUUAUGUUUUCAGUGUAGCCGUUGUUUUGGUUUUUCGGUCAGUAGAAAAUACUUUUCAGUCCUACGAAGUGUUAACUAUCGCAAUUUGCAUUUUGUUUCUGCAUUCCAGUUCACUACUUUUAAUCAUCAACAAGUUCCCAAUUGACGAAUUGAUAAUCUGUUCUCUUAAUGUGAGGGGCUUAUCCAACAACCUUAAGAGGCGAGAAACCUUUCGUUGGCUUAGAAUGAAAAAAUUUGGAAUAUUCUUUCUUCAAGAAGUCCAAGGCACCAAAGAAAAAGAACGACUGUGGUCAUCAGAAUGGGGCUUCUCAGCUAUUUUAAGUAGUGUUUCUAGCUCAAGUGCAGGGGUAUGCAUCCUGUUUAACAACAAUUUUCAAUUCGAAAUCAAGAAACAAUUUUCUGAUCCAGAUGGAAGAUUUAUUUUAGUAGAUUUGAAACUUGAAAAUAAGACUAUAACAUUGGGAAACAUUUAUGCGCCAAACGAUGACAAUCCGAAUUUUUUUAAAAACGUUCUCAGCCACCUCCUCUCUUUCGAGUGCGAGGACAUUAUCCUGGGUGGCGAUUUUAAUCUAGUAUUGGACGUCCAAAAUGAUAAGAAGGGAGGAAGACUGACCACUCACAAAAAUUCUUUGAAGGAAGUUCAGAACAUAAUAAAUUCGCUAGACCUUAUCGACAUUUGGCGGGUCUCCAAUCCGGAUAUCAGAAGAUUCACUUGCAGAAGAAGCAAACCCGAAAUUCAUUGUCGCUUAGACUUUUUCUUGACGAGUAAUAGUCUAAGUUCGGCAAUUACAAAAGCUGAUAUUUUACCAGGGUACAAAACAGACCACUCUUUGAUAACGCUCCACCUUGCAAACAAUACCAAUCCCAGGGGCCCGGGCUUCUGGAAGUUAAAUACGUCUUUUCUAUCAGACAGUGAAUAUAUUAAUUUGAUAAAAACAACAAUCACUGAAGUUGCAAAUGAAUACCAAAAUAACACCGAGGUUGAUGCCGUGCUCCUCUGGGAUACAAUGAAGAUGCAAAUUCGUUCAAAGUCGAUACAAUACGCA